CAGACAGACUCAGAGCAGAGACAUACACAGACUCAGCGCAGAGACAGACACAGACAAAGGGGCAACGAUAGCACCAGAACCUGAGUACAGACAGAAAGCACAUUAAGUUAUUGGAGAUGUCUGAGGACAUCUAUGCUGUGCCAGAUAUGACAAAGAAGGUCAAGUUUAACAGAGGUGAGAUGAAGGAGAGGAUUGUGGAUAUCUAUGUCAGUGCAGACACCCUGAGAGACGGUGAGACCAGCACAAAGAGAGAAGAGACAGCAGACACUGCUCCUAAUAAUGGACCAGGAGACCAGCACUCAGUACAUGUUCAGUGGUGGAAGAGACCCUCUGGAGUUGCUGCAGUGUGUCUGGGGCUGCUGUGUGUUCUCCUACUGGCUGGGAUCAUAGGUCUGUCGUUACAAUACAGCAACUUCUCAAAGAACUCAUCUGCAGAGAGAAACCAGCUACAGACCAGCAACAACAACCUAACUAAAGAGAGAGACCAGCUACAGACCAGUUACAAUAACCUGACUAAAGAGAGAGACCAGCUACAGACCAGUUACAAUAACCUGACUAAAGAGAGAGACCAGCUACAGACCAGUUACAAUAACCUGACUAAAGAGACAGACCAGCUACAGACCAGAUACAACAACCUGACGAAUGAGAGAGACCAGCUACAGACUGUGAAGGUGUUUCUUAAAAUGAGGCUAACCAAUCUCAAGAAAACCUGUCCUGAAGGAUGGCAGAAGUUUGAAUCCAGUUGGUACUUCCUGUCUACUGAGACUAAAACCUGGAAGGAGAGCAGAGAGGACUGUCUGGAGAGAGGAGCAGACCUGGUGAUCAUAAACAGCAGAGAGGAACAGGUG